AUGUACGCGGCCAAGCACCGGGGCCACUCAUCGCACCAGCACAGUAGCGACGAGGGGAUGGGUGGUACCGCCAAUGGCCACGGGCACCGGCCGGCGGCGCGGCCGGCGCCUCGGCGCGCCAAGCUCAAAAUCCUGCUGGUCGUCAUCGCCACCAACCUCGUCUCCGUCUACCUCUUCUCCGGCGCGUCGCUGUCCGUGCACAUCCCGGCGUCCGCGCCGCGGAUCCACCUGUGGGACUCGGCCGCGCUGCUGCGGGACCUCAACGCCACGCGCGCCGCGCUCGCUGGGGCCCGCGCGGAGCUCGCGGCGCUGCGGGCGCAGUGCAACGCGUCGUCGUACCUCCUCGAGUCCGUGCUCGCGGGCCUCGGCGCCGUGCACGGGGACACGCCGGAGGCGAGGGACUUCGGCGGCUGGCCCGAGGAGCCCCAGGGCGAGCUCAAGCUCGCCAUCGAGCCCCACCGGCUGCCGCUCGGCUUCCACGCCAACUUCGGCACCGACGAGCUGUUCCCGGGGCUGGGGUUCGCCUGCCGCAACUUCCAGGAGGAGCUGGCGCAGUACAUGACGUACAACGUCAGCGGCGAGUGCCCCGACGACGACGCGCUCGCGCUGCAGCUGGCGCUCAAGGGGUGCGAGCCGCUGCCCCGCCGCCGCUGCAGGCCGAGGGAGCCAGCGAGGUACGUGGAGCCCGCGCCGCUCCCGCGGAGCCUGUGGUCCGUCCCGCCGGACACCACCGUGCGCUGGGCGCCGUACACGUGCAAGAACUACACCUGCCUCGUGCAGCGCGCGCGCACCAGGGGCGGGUCCUACUUCUGCAAGGACUGCUUCGACCUGGAAGGGAAGGAGCGGCGGCGGUGGCAGACCGACAACGGCGGGCCGGGGUUCAGCGUCGACAGCGUGCUGCGGUCCCGGCCGCCCGGCACGGUGCGGAUCGGGCUGGACAUCGGCGGCGGCACGGGCACGUUCGCGGCGCGCAUGCGGGAGCGGAACGUGACGGUGGUGACCACGACGCUGGACCUGGACGCGCCCUUCAACCGCUUCGUGGCCUCCCGGGGCCUCGUGCCGCUGCAGCUGACGCUCAUGCAGCGGCUCCCCUUCGCGGACGGCGUGCUGGACAUCGUGCACUCCAUGAACGUGCUCAGCAACUGGGUGCCCGACGCCGUGCUCGAGUCCACGCUCUUCGACAUCUACCGGGUGCUCAGGCCUGGCGGCGUCUUCUGGCUCGACCACUUCUUCUGCCUCGGCCCGCAGCUCAACGCCACCUACGUGCCCAUCUUCGACCGCGUCAGCUUCCGCCGGAUCCGGUGGAAGGCCGGCCGGAAGCUCGACCUCGGCGCCGAGAGGAACGAGUGGUACGUGUCGGCGCUGCUCGAGAAACCCAUGACAUGA